AUGUCGAAUAGCUGUCUAUUCGAUUUUUUUCCAGUUGAAAUAAUCCAUGGCAUUUUUCAUUAUCUAUGGGCACAUGAAAUUUUCUAUGGUUUUGCUCAGUUAAGCGAUUAUGUCGAUAGUGUCUUGUUUAGUUAUGAUCGUUAUUCGGUCAGUUUGUCUUCAAUAUUGAAACAUCAAUUUGAUCUUACGUGUCGACGUAUUCGCCCCGAACAAGUCAUCUCUAUUACAAUUGCGGAAAACGAUGAGACACCAGAUCAGUCGGAUUUGUUCUUCUCAAAAUUUAAUCUUCUUCAAUUCGUUAAUCUUCGUUCAUUUGCAAUUAUGUCGUCAGAUCAGAGUAUUUUCAGGCAAUUAAAUCUCUUGUGUACAUUUAAUUAUUUUCAAUCGUUGAGUUUACCACAAGUAUCACAGGCCUAUUGGUGUCUGUGUGGAUCCAGUGUAGAAACAAUGCUGCAUCGAUUGAGACAAUUAAUUACAAAUCAAUAUCCAUUAACGACACCAUUGAAUAAUUUAAGAUAUUUGACAGUCACACAUGUUGGCUGCUUUAAUUUGGAAUAUUUGUUUCGUCAGACUACCAACUUACGCUCAUUGAAUAUGACAUUGUCACUUAAUGCUUUCAGUGAUUGGUCCAACCAAAUACCAGUGAUGAAUCAUCUAAGACGGCUGACACUUUGGAUUUCCUUUGGCCGAGUACCAAUGAGCAGAAUGAAUCAAUUUCUGUCGAAAUUGCCUUGUUUAAUGCAUUUUGAACUUCGAAUCGACGAUCCUAUCGAUGUAGUCGGCGCUGAACAGUUGAGAAAGUGGUCUCAAUAUUCAAAUGGCGAUGUCGAAGUUCCCGAGGAUAUUGUCGAUGGUAAUCAAUGGAAAUAUCUAAUAUCACAUCUGCAAACGUUCGAUUUUCGUUUUUGUCUCACACAUCGAUCUAAUGAGAAAAUUCUCGAUACAUUUCGAUCAUCGUUUUGGAUCGAACAAAAACAAUGGUUUGUUGCCUAUGAUAAUCAAGAAUCAUCAUCUUGCCUUUUUACUAUACCACGUUUUGCAUCAAAGAACGUCAUUUAUUCACCAGACUAUUGUACACCAUCGUCCACAUCAUCGAGUCUACAUCUUGAUGAAUAUGUUGAUGUUCUCACACUGCCCAAUGUCUGCCGGUUGACACAUCGUUUUGUCAAUGCAAGAUCGCUCAUCCUCGAAAAAGACGAUGGCCUUUGUUUGGAGACAAUUUUGCCAUUUGUCAACUUGCCUCAUUUACAGUCGCUUACAUCGGUUAAGGCGUCGUUAAUGAGUCUAUUUUUGAAUUAUGAAACAAAAUUUGAAUCGAUUCGUUCAUUGAGAAUAGAUGCAAUGGUAAUGGGAUCUCACGCUAAAGCAAUAUGCACUGUAUUUCCACGAUUGGAACGUUUACGCAUUGGAAUCAGCGAUCAAGACACAGUCAUAUUGUUGAUUGAUAGAUUGAAAUAUUUAUCGAUUGCCAUAUUUACGUAUUGUCACCCGUUAUCGUUCAAAUCUUUGUCACGUAAAUGGUUGGUUGACAAAUCUUCACGAUUGAUGGCAAACAAUAAUUUUACAUGUAGUAUGAACACCGAAAAAUUAUCUCUAUGGAUGAGCAUCGAAUAG